AUGCCAGAAGAAAUCGAGUUGAAGGGGAUUCAUGAUCUCAAUGGUCUUAGCUAUGGUCAUGGCAAUGGAAGCAUGUCUUCCAGUCAUCAUGAAAAGACGAUCGUCGUGAGCAGAGGAUAUAUUAUGACUAAGAUAAUCCUUUUGGUGGUACAAAUAGCAUUAGUAGUUGGCUGCUUUAUUACAUAUGAAAAGCUGUUCAGAGCCAGUAGCUAUGGAGCAGCAGCAUUAGCAGCCGGAUCCAUGUCGGGAUUAGCUCAAGGGUUGUUACAAGCAGCUACAUCGCGGCAAAUCAAGAUCUCAACUAUCCUAAAAUUUUAUGUCUGGGGUGUUUUAAAUGGUUUAUGGACGGUAUGUACUCACAUUUUCUGUUGA